CCUGUCCGUUCUCUCCCUUUCCCAUCCACCACAAAACCAUAGCAACAGCUAAUUUGUAUAGAACAGCAUCCGUUGAACGAUAGACGCCUUUAGUAUUCCUUACUUUGAUUUCAAAUUGAACAAAUGAAUGGCUCAAUGUAUGGAUACGGCGGCAACGGGAUGAACCAACAAAACAUGAUGGGUUCUUACGGGAUGCCUUCAACAAACCCGGCGAGCUAUACAGGAACGCCAGGAAUGGGUUACCAAGACCCAAUGACCGGCAUGUACGGCCAGGUACCGCAGCAACAGCAGCAGCAACAGUAUCAACAGAUGCCUGCGACCGGUGCUCCAACUUACACCGAUGCCAGUUACGGAAUGAUGGCGAAUAAUGACCCUUUCUCUUACAGCAAUCCCGGCAGUGUAAUGAGUUAUGACCCUAUGAAUCCUUAUGGUAACGUUGGGAUGCCUGUUCAACCGUCGCAACAGCAAACGUACGGCGGGUAUGACCCAAUGCAAGCUGCUGGUGCAUAUGGAAUGCCAGGAAUGGUUCAGCAACAGCCGAUGCAGCCCGAUACGUCUUCGUACAUGCAAACCCAACAGACGGGCUUCCAACAAAUUCAACCACAACAAACACAAAAUGCCGUUGCCAAUCCUUUCAUGUCUUAUCAACAAACAGGCAUGCAACAAAACAUUCUACCUCAACGUACUGGGACACAGUACAGUCAAAUGACUGGCGGAGCAGGUGUGUUGGGAGGAUAUAAUCCGUUUCAGUCGGCAACUGGAGGUAUCGUUUCACAACCAACGGGUAUGGCUCCGCUAAAGGCGCAGAAAACCGGUCAAAUUCAUAGUAGCCAUGCCAUGGAUACUCGUUUAUCGUUUGUCUCAGCUGCUGAUCAAAUGAAGUUUGAGCAGCUGUUCAAGUCGGCUGUGAAUACGGAAGAAUCUAUGUCUGGAGAAACUGCCCGGGCUAUUCUUUCGCGCUCUCGCUUACCUAAUGAUGUACUUGCCAAUAUUUGGCGACUUUCUGACACAACACGUUCUGGUCGUCUCUUAUUCCCACAGUUUGUUCUCGCGAUGUACUUGUGUAAUUUGGCUCUGACUCGUAAACCUUUGCCUGACCCUGUACCAGAACCGAUUCUCAAUGAAGUUAACUCCAUGGUGGACGCCAUUUCUUUCUCGCUUGGUGAUGGCUCAAACCAAUACUCUCUUCCUUUCACGGGUUCGGCUUCUAUGCCAAAUAAUGGAGCACAACCCAUGCUACCUCAGCGCACAGGAAUGCAGCCUCAACCUGCGGGUAUGCCACCAAUGCUGCCCCAGCGUACAGGUAUGCAGCCCAUGAUGCCUCAGCAAACGGGUAUGCAGCCCAUGAUCGCUCAGCGUACAGGUAUGCAACCUGUGAUGCCCCAGCAGACGGGUGUUCAACCUAUGGUGGCUCAACGUACAGGUAUGCAACCCAUGAUGCCUCAACAAACGGGUGUUCAGCCUAUGAUGCCUCAACGUACAGGUAUGCAACCUAUGAUGCCUCAACGCACGGGAAUGCAGCCUAUGAUGCCCCAACAAACGGGUGUACAACCUAUGGUGGCUCAACGUACGGGAAUGCAGCCCAUGAUGCCCCAGCGCACGGGUAUGCAACCUCAACCCGUAGGUAUGCCACCAAUGCUGCCCCAGCGUACGGGCAUGCAGCCCAUGAUGCCCCAACAAACGGGCGUUCAACCUAUGGUGGCUCAACGUACGGGAAUGCAGCCCAUGAUGCCUCAACGCACGGGAAUGCAACCCAUGAUGCCUCAGCGCACAGGAAUGCAACCUCAACCUGCAGGCAUGCCGCCAAUGCUGCCCCAGCGUACGGGCAUGCAGCCCAUGAUGCCUCAACAAACGGGUGUCCAACCUAUGGUGGCUCAACGUACGGGAAUGCAACCCAUGAUGCCUCAGCGCACAGGAAUGCAACCUCAACCUGCAGGCAUGCCGCCAAUGCUGCCCCAGCGUACGGGCAUGCAGCCCAUGAUGCCCCAACAAACGGGCGUUCAACCUAUGGUGGCUCAACGUACGGGAAUGCAGCCCAUGAUGCCUCAACGCACGGGAAUGCAACCCAUGAUGCCUCAACGUACAGGUAUGCAACCCAUGAUGCCUCAACAAACGGGAAUGGCUCCACUCGUGGCCAUGCCUACGGGUAAGCCUGGAGAAUGGGGUUUCGUAAAUGCACCAUCUGCUGAUCUUCCUGCUAUCAAUGCCCUUGGACAACAGUUGAUGCCUAAUGCACCUAUGAAUCAGCAUCUUCAAAACUUUCAAACGAACUCAGACAUUCCUUGGGCUAUUUCGAAGCAUGAGAAAAAGGUUUACGAUCAAAUUUUUGAUGCUUGGGAUAAGGAUCACAAAGGAAGAGUCAGCGGCAAUGCAGCAUUGGAGAUCUUUGGACAAAGUCGUUUGCAACGUGAAGAGCUUGAACGGAUUUGGGCACUCGCCGACAAUGGAGAUAAAGGACAUUUGGAUCGUGAUGAGUUCGCUGUUGCUCUUCAUCUCAUUUAUCGUAAGCUCAAUGGUUAUGAUAUUCCUGCAACGCUCCCCCCUGAACUCAUUCCGCCUUCCACGAGAAACUUCUCCGAUUCACUUAAUCGUGUUAAGCAAUUUAUUAAGGAAGACACUAGUCGAAAAGGUGCUUUUGACAUUUCAAAUCAGAGUCGUCUACGCCAGAAUUCGUUUUACCAAAGCAAUGAUGAAGCACCCGCAAAAGAUCCGACACUUUAUCGAUUCAAUGAAGAUGAGACUGUCGGUUAUGUGUCAAGCGCUAGAAGAAAGUCUGGAGCGGAGGCUUCAAAUAAGCCGGAUACUGUUGACGCUGAAAUUGAAGCUAUGAAAGAAGCAGUUCGUCAAAAGAAGAUUCUUUUGGAGGCUUUGGAAGUUAAGAAACUUGAGCAAGGUGCAGACGAAAAAUCCGUCACACUUUUGCGUAGUUCCAUUGCAGAUCUCAAGAGCAAGUUGGAUAAACUUGAUAAAUCCGGUGAUCGUCAUACGGCAGCGUCUUUACAGCAGAAGUAUGAGGAUCUUGUUAAGCGUAUUGACGAGUUGCGUAAAAGUGUCCGCAACGCCAAUGAUAACUUGGUGGACGCCGCAGUUAAUGUCGUUAAAGAUGCAUUCACUCGGGAAGCCUCUGAAAAAAUUAGUGAUGUUGACCCAAGAAUUCUCGAUGCUUCGAAGGCCUUGAAGAGACGCAUUUUGGAACUUACCGGAGUUCCUAUUCCCUCUUCCUUGGGUGAAGUGACAUCGGCAAGUACUGUUAAGCGUUGUAUGGAUAGUCUUGACGAUGCCGUAACUAAACAAGAGAGAAACCGUGAGGCAGUGUCUGGCCUGGAGUCAAACAUUUCUUCCUUGCAAAAUGAAAUUCGUGAACUGCUCAACAAGCCAGUCAUGAGUACUGCCCCUGUUACUCAUGUUAAGGAAGAGGCACCCGUUUUCUCUGCCAGGAAUACUCAAAGCGCUCAAGUUAACAGCACUACUCCUACUCCUACUCCUGCUCCUGCUCCUGCUCCUGUUAAAGAGGAGAAGCAUGCUGAAACAGUUGAAGAGCGCUCAGCACGAAUUAAAGCUGAGGCUCAGCGACGCAUGAAUGAACGUUUGGCCGCGCUCGGUAUCAAGCCCAGACGCGGCUCUGCUGCUUCACAAACCUUGUCUCCUGCCAAUAGCAGCACUAGUCUUUCGAGUUCUUUUUCUAGAAUGUCAGUGAAUGAUAAAACGGAAGAACGUACGCAGUCGCUGCAAAAAGAGUCCUUCGCCUCCAAGCAACCAACUGCUAAUCAGCCAGUAAUGGCUAAACAGGCAGCACCUGCAGAACAGCCCGUACCACAGAUGCAAGCAGUUGCUCCUAGAGCAGCUGAACCUAUGCAACCUGCCAAGCUCACCGUUCCUUUAAGCUCGAUUCAAAGAGAAAAUAAACUGGAACAGAAUGAGACGGCCCGUGCACCUGUGUACUCUCCUGCGAUGAAUGCACCCUCUAUCGGUGGAAUCGUUGGUAACGCCUCAUCUGACGCUCAUUUGUCUCGUUCGUUGCAGCCGUCUUUAGGUACUUCUGCUGCACCUAGGGAUAAUGUUAGCAAUGUGCCAACAGCAUCAACUCCUAGUUCGUCUGCUCCUUCGGGUUCUUUUUCAGCAAAUGCUUCCAAUUUUAGAAGGGAGGAGGCUCCCAAUGGAGUCUCAAUGACUCCUGUUCCGUCUCAAUUCAGUCACCAAGUUACACCAGUGGUGCAAUCCCAAAAAGCCUCUCCUCAGCAGCAGUCCGUUUCCCAACCGGUUGUAUCACAUCCUCCCCCAUCUGCACCUCCUGCAGCACCGGUGCCUUUAAAUUCGGUUCCUCGCAGUGUAAUGCCACCUGCAAGCGGAUCGAGUCAAAGCACAAUUCCCCCCUCUUCGCAUUCAACUCCCUCUUCAGAAGGCGCCCCUGCUGCCCCUCCUCCCCCUCCAGUACCUUCAAUGGCACCGCCCUCAUUGCCUAAGGUUGCUGCAUCUAACGUUUCGCAGUCGAAUUCUCAAACAAUGUCCCAACCUGCGUCGGUCCCUUUGAGUGUGAAUGGUCCACUGAAAUCGAAUCCAUUCUCAAAGAACACUGGCCCAGGUGCUCCACUGGCUCCUCGUGCAAUGCACACUUACCAGUACACUGAUAAUGAUAACUGGAGUCAAAAAUCCGAUGAGGAAGAGGAGAGUGAUGAUGAGGUUACGAGCAGGAAAGAUGCCGCUGCUCUGGCCUCAAGAUUAUUUGGAGGAAUGGCGCCCAUCAGACCCAUGUCCGCAUCUGUUACUGGCGGUACAAUGAGUAAACCGCCUACACCUCAAUCGCAUCCUCCCCCUCCUCCUUCUAUGGCUGCACCGCCAGUGCCUCCCGCUGCUCCUCCUGCUGCUCCUGUACCUCCUCCUGCACCUUCUGCUUCUGCCCGUAAUGUGUCCCCCGCUGUGGACCCGAAUACUCGCAGUGCUCUUCUGCAGCAAAUUCAUACUGGUGCCAGACUUCGGAAGACUGUCACUAACGAUAAAAGCAAGCCGAUCGGUGGUCGUGUAGUUGGAGACACAGCUGACAGUAAUGCUUGGUAUGGAAAUUUAUCAUAAGCAAUAAAGCAUAACCGUACUUUAGGCACGCAACUCAAGAAUAA